UCAAUUUGGCUGUAAGCAAAGGCGGUGGGUUGAGGUAGAAGGAGAUGGAGACGAAUACGACGGCGAGGAGCGCCGGAACGAUCGGCGGCGCUGGUCCAAGGCCAUCGCCUCCUCUCUUGUGCUGGAGGUGGAAGUGGCCAUGGGAUCCCAAUCCACCAAACCUUUCUCCUUGCGGCAACCUAGACGCCCCAUGGCUCUUCAAGUCCCUCCAUACCCUCUCCUCGUUCGCCCAAAAUCUCAUUCACCAAACUCAAACCUCCUUGACGUCCCCGACAGCUCCUAUUCCUGUAAGGCCUGCAGCCUCUCGCGCAUGGAAUGAGAAAGGGGAGGCCGAGCACCGUGCCUUGGCCUUAGCGCUGGCGAGUGGGAAGGAAGCGACCGUGCUCGAGUUCUACUCCCCAAAGUGCCGCCUUUGCAACUCCCUUCUCGAUCUCGUACUCCGGAUUGAAGAGAAGAACUCGGACUGGGUGAGCUUCGUCCUAGCCGACGCGGAGAACGAGAUGUGGCUCCCUGAGCUCCUACAUUAUGACAUCAAAUAUGUUCCUUGCUUUGUUCUCCUGGAUAAGCAUGGAAGAGCAUUAGCUAAGACAGGAGUUCCUACCAGCCGAUUACAUGUCAUAGCAGGUCUUUCACAUCUCUUAAAGAUGAAGAGGCCAAACCGAAAGAACGAAAAGAAGACACCUUAAAGAUGUCUGAAGCACUUUUCUUAAUAGUGAUAUCUGAAGGAAGCAGAAGAUUAGCUGUAGAAUAACUCUUAGGAGCUGAGGAUUUACUUUCAGCUGUUGAAUGACCAAAAAUAGCAUGGCAGAAAGAGUAGCUGCAUGACUCUUGUGGAGAUCAGAAUCCAGAGUCAGGUGCUGAAUCCAUGACAUUGUUCACUUCAAAGGGGAGCCUCAUCUCAAUCACGUCUGAAGCUUAACUGUAGUUAGUGCUUUUCUUAUAUUACGUAUAGUGUUGUCAAUACCAGUAUACUUAUUGUCUUUUGGUCAACAACAAAGUUGAAUGUAUUAUGUCUCCCUAUCACUUCAAAUGUUCUCAUGUACAGGUAGUCUCUUUUGAUGGACUGAGCUUUGAAUAUUGCAAAUUAAAAUUA